GAAAAAUACAGGAGGAGCCUGAAGGACGCGGAGAGACAGACGGACGCUGAGGUCUUUGGCAGAAGGAACGCAGAACAAACCUUGAAACCAUGCGUGGAGCAAAAGGAGGAGAGGUCAUGGCUGGCGACCCCUCUGAGCUGGAGUGGGCCAUCGAUACGCUGGUGAAGAAUUACAACAAAUACUCUGGGAAGGGUUGCUGUUGCCGGAAACGGAAUGGGAUCAGCAAGAAGGAUUUCCGGAAGAUGCUGAGCCAUCAGCUUAACCACAUGCUGACGGACACCAAGAACAAGCAAUCUGCCGACAAACUUAUCUGUGAUCUGGACGAGAACCACGACGGGCGGAUCAGUUUCGACGAGUACUGGAACCUGAUUGGGGGCAUUGCCAGCCCCAUCUCGUGCCUCAUCCGCCAGCAGGAGGAGAGUGUGAAAUUCACCAAGUAGAACCAAAACGCCACCCCAAACCUCCUGCUUUCUGCCCCCCACAUUCUGACUUCCUAGCUUGCCAUUGUUCCGGCUCCCCCUGGUGGCUGGGCUGUGCAUGACACCCACCGCCAGCCUACUGGUGUGAAGUCAAAAGCUGUAAAGCCCUGGGAAUUGGGAUCUAUCUUUAAAUUGCCUCCUUGCUCCCCUGGAUGACUGCACAGCCCAGGGGAUGCACAGCUGGGGAGGAAAUGCCACAGGGGUGCCACAAUGAUCAGACUGUGAAUAAUGUUGAAAUAAAGUUGGAUCAGAGUG